AUGGUAGUGUUGUCUCUUUCGUAUGAGUUUCGCCGCUUUUUUACUUUUACAUGUGCAAGGAAGCUACUUGCAAUGAUUGAUGAUGCGCAGGUGUGUGCUCUCCUUCUCGACGAGAUUCGUGAGCGGCUGCCUUUAUACAAGUCGGAGGUUACCACUCUUGACACUAAGCGGCAUGUGGUGAUAAGUAGCUUUGCAGAGAGUGCGAAGGUCUUUCUUCCAUACCCUGUGGUGGAAAACAGUGAUUUCACGAUGACGGAGUUGCAAGGAUUAGUGAACGCAGUAGAUACACUUCGACAAGGGGAAUGCACAGAUUUCUAUCUUGUCUUUAUUGACAGCGGCGGUUCCUUUUCAUUCUACCGAAUGAAUACACUGAAAGCUGGAUGA